AAAAGAACAUCUGUGGACGAACUCGUGACAGCAAUUAUCGGAUAAAUUUAAGCUAAAGGAUGGAACGUACCGUUAUAGCGCCAGAGUCUGCCAUAGAGCAGUCGUUCCGGAAGUGCGAAUACCAGAAUUGUCAUACGUCGACGGACAAGUCAAGUUUGGACGCCGCGGCCGCGGUGAUUUUCGCCCUUCCGCACGGCUUGGGAACCCAACCACCUGUGACCCCUCUCAAACGAAACCCCGAUCAAGCCUGGGUAUUCUUCACCCUCGAAGCCCCAUCCUACUAUGGUGGGUUAGGCCAGCCUUAUUUUGCUCCAGGAUGGAAGUCCACAAUGAAUUGGUCCAUGACCUAUAUGCGCGAUGCCGAUAUAUCUUUUCCAUACGGAACUCUCGAGCGACGUUCUGACGCUUACAGUCGAAAUUACAGCGUCAUUUAUGAGCAGAAGACCAAAUUGGUAGCGUGGUUUGUCAGUAAUUGCAAAUAGCCUGGAAGGCGGG